UCACAUUUUUUUUGGGUUCUUGUGGUAUUAUAAUGUGAAAUGAGUGAUAACAUUUUAAGAUCCUGGAUCAAGAAAUGCAUAUGUCAUGUUCAUCUCAGAGGUUCACAUAGCUGCCAUGUUUGCAUUAGUGAUAGUAUAAAAUUAUAAGUGUGCAGGUAGUGUGGCAAGCUGUAAAUAUUUUAAUACAGUUUUGAUAAACAUUGCCUUUUAACCCUUUAAUGCACCUACUUUUACAUUCAGUAACAGCGCAUUUUACCCACAGAGUAUAAUGGUUUCAUAUGAUUCUGAAAAUAAUUAGUGAUUAUUUCCCUCACAUCAUUUCCUGAAUGAUAUUUGCUGUAGAGAUGCAUUGUAUUUGCUUUGAGAUAGAAACCUAAAUUUUAAAUAUAUUAUUCGAACAAGUUAAAAUGCAGGGGGAUAAAAGAUUAAACCAUGAUCAGUUAGUAUUGCAUUACAGUGUGUUGUAACAACCAACACCUGAUUUAUAUUCAGUGCACCAUGCUGCUUUCUACAGGAUGUGAUGUUGAAUGGUGAUGUUAUGGCAUUUUUGUAAAAUUUAACAAGCUGGGUAAAAUCUGAAUAUCCAGGCUCUGGAAUAUUUUAAAUAUGAAGGCGUGGUUUGCUUACGUAGUCAAUCCUCAUCCAAUUAAUGGCACAGAGGUACUGCAGAGAGCUUGGUGAUUUUUGGAAUAAUUUACAUGAGAGAAAUAGCAAGAAAUGGGUUCAAAAAUCCAAACUUAGUACCUUCUUCGUAUCGGCGGUAAAUUGUAUAUUUUCAAUCGAUGUGUGAAACCCCUCGUCCGAUCACUUCCCCACUCGUGUCGACUCUUUCUCGCCGUUCAGGCAUCCGCGCAACACUUCACGGUGCCUUCCUUCUACUUUUCUGAUGUCUACUCCAUUUUCUACACGAGUUUUAGUAUUAGCGUCGAACAGAGCAGUGUGGUGUUGCACCGAUGGGCACCUGUGACAAAUAAUUUUCUGUUUUUAAUUUUUGUGCAUACUUUUAAUCAGUGUGCAUUUCCGUAAUGAUGUUAAGCGUUUGUUUUGAAUGGAUUCUUCCGAGAAUAGGCCCGAUCGAAUUUUGUAUGUGAGGUUGAAAGGGAGGGGGGAAGCUUGGUGAAUGAAUUGUGUUUUGGAAACACGUAGCAUGGCACAUUCAUGGGAAUUUCACGUUUCUGUCAAUAGAACCGAAGAAGAGAGUUGUGAUAAGUGAUGAUGGAAUGGUACUGGUAACUACAGGUGUUGGGAGAAUGAAUGCAGGUGAUGGCAACCCCUGAAGAAUCCAGAGUGGUGGACACUGAGGAAGAUUGGGAGAUUUAUGAGAUCCUGUGUAAGGAUUUGCGUAUAGAAAUGACUGAAGAGGAAGCAGGAGAUAUGUCACACGAUGUGACAACUUCCCUUCGCAGUGAUAUUGCUGCACUUCAGUACAAGCGAGACCGACUGCUCAGUGAGUUGCAAGAAAUGAAGGGACAGCUACGCAGUCGAGAUCAGCGUGCCUUGGAGCUGCAGGUGGAGACAGAACAGCUGCGGGAGCAAGCGGCACGACAAAAUGCUGUCAUUGCAUCUCUCAAGAAGAGGAUUCAGGAUCUGGAGGAGAGAGAACGCAACCUCACUGCGUCACAGGGGCGAGCCGAGAUGGCAAUGCAGACCCUCCAGCGAGAAAACCGUUAUCAGGAAGAAAAAAUAAAGGACUUGGAGAAGAAGGUUCACUCUUUGGAACUAGAAUGCAACUCUGAGGAAGCAUUGAAGGAGGCACAGCGUAAGGCCAUGCAAGACCUCGUGCGCAGACUGUCCUCAGCCUUAGGCACAGAGUACAAUGAAACAAUUCUGUCCUCACCAGAUGGUCUCAUUCAUAAAGCAUCAGAGUUAGUUCAGGAAACAUCUCGACUGAGGACAAGGUCAAGCACUGUAUCUGACACACUGUCAGCAAUACAGACAGAACUGCGAACAUGUCGAGAGGCCUUAGAAAGGGCGGUGGCUGACAGAGACUCACUGCAGAGGCAAGCAGCAUCACAUCUCUUGGAAUUAGAUCGACUGAGGCAGGAGAAAGACACACUUGAGAUGCAACAGCGAGUGGCAGAGAGGGAUGUCAUGGACCUGCGAGACAAACUGUCUGUCUCCAAUCGGAGCCUGGGGUUAGCCACAGACAACAUCGCUUCCCAGGAAGCAUCCAUAUGCCAGCUGAAGGAGGAUGUGAAGCUCAAGGAGGAGAAACUCCAGAGGCUGCAGAAUGAACUGCGACAUCUGCUGGAAUCACUAGCAAUUCAGCUGAGUUCUCCUGUAAAAUUUGUUGAAACCCAAGAAGGAAGCAUUCAGGAACGGCUUCGGGAGGUCAUACAGGAGAAUAAGGACCGACUGACACAAGUUGGAAGUCUCCAGGAAAAAGUAGCAGUACUGACACAAAAAUUAAAUCGCCACUGUGAGCUUCAGGAGCAGGCCACAUCACGUGCACGUGCCUUUCAGGAUGAAAAGACCCUGUUGGAGUCUCAGUUGCACAAGACAGAAAGAGAUUUGAAUGCAACCGAAAUAUCAAGAGAUGGGUUGAGGCGAGACAAGACCACUUUCAUGACUUUCUUGGAGCGCCUGGGCAGAGCCUUCAACAUGGAAGAGAUAUCAAAAGAAAUAGGAGUGGAUCUCCAUACUGAAUCACUCCUAAUUCGUGCUGAACAGCUGGCAAGACUGGAGAGUGAUAAGUUGAUUGACAAGUCCUGGUGGACCUAUCGGACAUUCCCGCAGUUGCGACGGGAACAUUCCUUCCAUGAGCUUCCUCUGCGAGAAACAUCUGCUGUAUACCAGCUUCAGCGGCGGGUACGGACACUGAGAGAACAGCUGCAGAGGAGAGAUCUGCACUUGGAUUUGUUACGCAGGAAACUGUCAUUACAGGAGGAUAAUGGUAGAAUACGAAGUCUGCUGGAGACUGAGAGGGAUGAAGCAAACCUGAGAGUAAAGAAGUUGCUGAAACAGGUGGACAGAUUGCAGCUUCAGUUGGCCGAAGUUAAAGCACAUUCUCGGGACCUGAAAACACAGCUAGCAGAUGCAUCUGACUACAAGAUAUCUGCACUGGAACGGGGACGCAAAGUGGAGGAACUCCAGAAGAGGCUUGUGGAGUCUGAAAUGCUAAGAACUCGAUACAACCGCAAAGUGGCUCUGCUCAAAGAUCAGGUGCGAACGACAAGCCAGACAGUAGAACAGGAACGUUCUCUGAAUGACCAUUCAGUACAGUUGCUGCGGGAUGAACUGGGAAGUGUGAAGCAGACUUUGUCUGACUGUCAGCGCAGGGAGAAUGCUCUGCUGAGUUUCCGUACAUCAGUUGGUAAGCUGCUGGGUACGGAUGGGAACCUGCCAGACUAUGAACUUAUUGCACGUCUACAGAAACUGGUUCAUGCACAUCGUGACUUCACAUUGGUGUCACGACGCUAUGAUGAUCCACUGCUGCUGCGAAACAGUCCUCCUGUUGGUGGUACAAGGACACCUAUGAUGCUGGGUCCUAGUCCUGGGGGUUCUCGAACCCCCCACUAUGAUGACUCGGGAUUUGUUGACCCACCUGAUCUCAGUACUCCAGAUGAUAGUGAUGAUGUAAAUGGAAUAUACAACAAACGCCCCAUUCGGACAUCAACAUGAUAGUUAUGCUCAGAAAGCUGGCUGACUGGCUUUCUGGUGGGAUUUUGUUAUUUAGUUUAACCCUCUGAAGUUUAAGCUCAUUUGAAAAUAAUUACAAAUUUAUUUUCUAUUGCAUAGAAAUAUAGCACUUCUAUAACAAAGUUUAAGUAGUUCUGCUGUUUAAGGAAAUAAUCACCAUUUAUUCUGGGAGAUCAUAUAAAAUCUAUAAAUAUACUCCAUUGAUAAAAUUAAUAAUUAGAGGCUGUUUAAACAGAUGGUACGUAUAGUUGUCAAGUGAACUUGGAAGGAUUGAUGUACAUGUUUGUUAUGCAUCCUAUCCAAUUUGUUUUGUUCAUAAUUUGAGUUUUAUCAAAAUAGGGCCAUAUAUUACUUGUUUAUUGGUUUUAAGAUGCUAUAUAUACAUCAUAGAUUAUGUAAGUGUUGAAAGUUAAUCUUUUAAAUUCCUCUUAUGCGAUACAUGUUCUGUUAUUCAGAAAGCCAAAGUGGCUAGUGGGGUGUUAUGUCUAGUCUGUAUGACUUACUAUGGGAACGAAUACCUGCCUGCUGCUUGUUGACCACAGAUGAGCUGAUUGCCUGCAGCCAUAUAUGUAAGCUAAACAUGUACACAUCUUAUAGCUUUAUAUAUUUUACAUAUCAUUUUACCCUGUGCAAUAAAUUAGAAAGUGUUUUAUAUGUAAAAAUCAAGAUGUAAAAGACAUUAAAAUAUAUAUAUUUAUAGGUGGUGAAAUUAACAACACAGGGAAGAUCAGAAAAGGGGGGAGGGUUCUGUAGAGGAAGACAAUCAAGUUAAAAACUUUAUCACAGCCUUGGAAUGUUGAGGCCUGAAGACAAUGUAAAUUACAAAUAUUAUUACCCAGUACUAAUGUGUGGACCUGAAACACAGACAGAAAGAUAAAAGUGUAUGAAAUUUUUAAGAAGCAUCACAAGGAAAAUAAGGAGAAAAUGAUAUAAUCAAAGAGCAAUUGUGAGUUUUAAGAUGCUUAAAGAAUGAACAUUAUAGUGAUUUAGAUGUAUUGUUCAAAUGAUGUAAUUAAAGUACUUAGAAUAGCUCUGGAAGUAAGAAGUAAAGUCCCAAAGACUAAUGAAGCCGGAUUAUUAAUGUAACUGAUAAUAAUGAAAGUAAAGGACAAGUAAUUUAAUUUUCAUCAGAGGGAAGAUAU